UAGACCCAAAGCACGCCAUUUUCAAUAUUUCCCCAAAGUGUCAAAGUGUUUCGGAAAACUUGAAAAAUGGCCAAGUUCUUUGGUCUAAACGCCCUGGUCAACUUCUUCAAGGUGAUCAGCGAUAAUGGGGGCCUCCGCGGCUCGUUGUACAAGAUGUACAGGAUGGACUCCGUACGUUCGGGCACCUGCGUCGGCAUCGACAAAUACGGCAACAAAUACUUCGAGAACAAGGCGUUCUUCUACGGCAGGAACAGAUGGAUUGAGUACGCCCCUAAGUAUGGCUUAGAAUACGACGGCAGUCAGGUCCCAGCUGAGUGGUACGGUUGGUUGCAUUAUAAAACUGAUUUGGUACCGGAUCAGGACCCUUCCAGGCCUAAAUACAAGUGGAUGUCAGAUCACACCGAGAAUCUGAGUGGCACACCAGGACAGUACAUGCCUUAUUCAACCACUAGGCCCAAAAUUGAAGCCUGGGCACCUAAAUAAUUAAUUAUUUGUUGUAUAUAAUGUUUUAAUUAAAGUAGUUAAGUCCA